GUGAGUUCUGUGUGUGGGUGUGUUUGAUCUGUGAGUUCUGUGUGUGGGUGUGUGUGAUCCAGGUCUAUGUAUGCAAAAUGUUAAGGUUAGCUUAAGGUAAGGGUUAUGAUUAGACUUAGGGGAUUUAGAUUUACAAUCGGUUGUCUGGUCCUUACAAGGGGACAGAACCCUUGUGUGUUUAGGGGUGUGAGUGCAGACUAAAUGUUAAAGGACACUAUUGAUUAACUGUUUUCAAUUUAAUGACCACGUAUAGAAGAACCAAUUACAGAUCAAUAAGUUAUUGAUAGAUCAUUUAUAGAUCUACGCUUAGCCUAAUCAAUGUGUAUAUGAUAUCAUCUGUACCAACCUCUGGACAUUACAAUUAUGUCCAUGUUUACUCAUGUUUCCUAACACGUCACGUGUUUAUAUGCUCUCCUGCAACUGGUCUAAACGCGUUCGUUCUAUUCUGUGCUACGGUGAGAAUCUGUUUACCGCACAGACUCAUUCAGCUGCACGCGCACGGUGCACGCUGCACGCACAUCAUCCCUGACACUUGUUAUAGCGCACGCUGCCUGCCCCCGCGAUGUUGCUGUGGUGGUGUUGGAGGCUGGACCAUCGGUAAAACGUGAUGACGACAGGUUGCCAUGGAUAUUGCCUUACGCUGCUCGGUUCAUUACCGGCUCCCUGGUCGAGAAAACAGGACAGAAAAUAGUUUUCUUUGAGUACCGAGCGCCAAAGAGACAGCUCACAUACCCACGCGCACCCUUGACCAACGCACUUUCGGAACCGACCGGCCAAGACAAACAAACGGACCGGACUUUAUCAAUCAAAUUGAGUAAAUUAGUUGAGAAGCAAGAUACACUUUAUUAAUUAACGAAGACAUCUAGAGACACUUCAAAAUAGACAUGAAAUACUUUCUGUAUUGAACCGAGUGGACAGACGGACUGAAGCAGAGGCUGACGUAGACGUAACCUUAACCCCAGACAGGGUAAAGAAUAAAGCAAGACAGUCUCCUAUCUUCUAGUACCAGAUCCAGGCCACCAGAAUGUCUAAGUCAGGUGAUGGUAACAGUAGUGGAGGUACCGGUUCUCUGCAACGGUUCCACAGCCUUUCUGCAGAACAAAUUAAGGUUCUAGAUCAGGUUCUGUCUGAGAUCGUUCCGAUCCACGGUCGCGGGAACUUCCCCACGCUGGAGCUACGUCCUCGCGACAUCAUAGCUGCUGUUCGAUCACAGCUGCAGGCCCGAGGCAUUGGGGUCCGUGACGUGCGUCUGAAUGGGUCGACUGCAAGCCAUGUUCUGAUCCGAGACAGUGGAACGUGCUAUAAAGACCUGGACAUCAUCUUUGGAGUCGACCUGCCCCGACACGAGGACUUCAUGGUAAUUAAGGAGGUGGUUUUGGGCUGUUUGUUGGACUUCCUGCCUCCAGGUGUGAACAGGGAGAAAAUCAGCAGUGCCACUCUGAAGGAGGCAUAUGUCCAGAAGAUGGUCAAGGUGUUUAGUGAUCAGGAUCGCUGGUCUCUAAUCUCCCUUAGCAACAACAGUGGGAAAAACCUGGAGCUGAAGUUUGUGUCUGUGCUGCGCCGGCAAUUUGAGUUCAGUGUUGACUCCUUUCAGAUUAUUCUGGACAGCAUGCUUGAUGCAUACCUCCGAGAGGAGGACCCUGCUGAAGAGACCUUUGCACCAACUCCUGCUAUCGAGGUCCUGGCAGAGAGUAUGUACGGGGACUUUCAGGCAGCAAUGGAGCACCUGCGUUACCGUCUCAUUGCCACCAGGAACCCAGAGGAGAUCCGAGGAGGAGGACUGCUGAAGUACAGCAACCUGUUGGUCCGGGAGUACCAGCCAGCCAGCCACACUGAGAUAAAGACCCUCGAGAGGUACAUGUGCUCACGAUUCUUCAUCGACUUCCCUGGCGUCAUGGAGCAGCAGAGGAAGAUCCAAUCGUAUCUGAGGAACCAUUUCAUUGGCGAGGAGAGGACCAAGUACCAGUACCUGAUGACACUGCGCCGGGUGGUCAAUGACUCUACAGUGUGCUUGAUGGAACACGAGAGGCGCCAGACCCUCAACAUGAUCACAGUGCUGGCACUGAGGAUUCUGGGUGAACAGAAUGUGAUUCCCAACACAGACCAUGUGACAUGCUUUUACCAGCCAGCCCCCUACUUGACUGAUCACAGCGCCCCCUACAUGGCUGAACACAGUUACUGCAGCUAUUACCUUCCUCAGGGGAGCUCCACCCUGCUUUACCAGCCCUACCCACUACACACACAGACUGGGCUUGUCUGACACACACAACAUGUUUCUAAGACUAUUGAUUAAAAAUAUUUAAUAGAAAACCUCUAAAACCUCUAAAUCUAACCCUAACACCAACCCUAACCCAAAACCAUAAACAUAACUCAUAAGCCUAGUUAAAACAUUUAGAAAACUCGGAACUUACAAAUGUCUUUUAUAUUAACCAUAUUUAAUGUUUUCAUGUCCUUGGGUCGACAGGUAGCCUUGCUCUUGUCUGACCAGUAACCAGAAGGUUGCUGGAUACAAUCCAGAGCCAGUAAAGUGAAAAGUGUUUUAUUGUGUCCUUGAGGAGUACGAUAACCCUCAUUGCUCUUGUCAUUGUGUUUGAUGAAAAGGUAAAAUAACAAAUCUAAAUUAAAUAAUACAUAAAUAUGGAACGAGAUAUGCGAGAUGAUAUGCAUGUUACAGCCUUUUAUUGUGUAACAUGUUACUACAAACAAGUUGUAUUGUUGUUACAGCAAACG